AUACUUGAAGGAGUUCCGCGUCGAUCAGUGUCCCCUCUUCAUACAGCGCAAAUGCACGCAGCACCGACCGUUCACGUGCUUCAACUGGCACUUCAUGAACCAGCGGAGACGCAGACCGGUGAGAAAGAGGGACCGCACCUUCAACUACAGUGCCGAUAAUUAUUGCACCAAGUAUGACGAGACGACUGGCAUCUGCCCCGACGGGGACGAGUGUCCUUUUCUGCAUCGUACCGCGGGCGACACAGAAAGGCGUUAUCAUCUACGCUAUUACAAGACAUGCAUGUGCGUCCACGAUACCGACACGCGUGGAUUUUGCGUGAAGAAUGGCCCGCACUGCGCCUUUGCGCACGGCAAUCACGAUCUGCGCCCGCCCGUGUACGACAUCAAGGAGAUCCAGGCGCUGGAGAAUCCAGACUCGGACCCGAACUCCUCGUCGAACGGGCCUAACAUACUCGACAAGGAGCGUAACUUAAUGAACGAGGAUCCAAAGUGGCAGGACACAAACUAUGUGCUUAGCAACUAUAAGACCGAGCCGUGCAAGAGACCACCGCGGCUGUGCCGACAGGGCUACGCCUGUCCGCAAUAUCACAACAGCAAGGACAAACGGCGCAGUCCACGGAAAUAUAAAUAUCGUUCAACGCCAUGCCCGAAUGUGAAACACGGCGAGGAAUGGGGUGAGCCGGGCAACUGUGAACAAGGGGAUGCAUGCACGUACUGUCAUACUCGCACGGAACAGCAGUUCCAUCCUGAGAUCUACAAAUCUACCAAGUGCAACGACGUGCAGCAGGCUGGCUACUGCCCGCGAGGCGUCUUCUGCGCCUUCGCGCAUGUUGACCGUGAGUGUACACUCAUCAAUCUGUUGCCAACAGAAGAAAUGAGCCUGGCGAGGGAUAUGGCAGUACCUAUAGAUUGCGGAGCGAAUUUGGCCGACAUACUCAGCAAUGCUCUUCCUCCUGACAAGCGCUCGCACGACAAAGACAAACCACUCAGCGACAGUAGCAAUGGAAGCGGCGAGGUCUCGGAAUCCGCCAGCACUAGUAGUUUGGGUAGUAACAGCUCACACAGCAAGGCGCCAGGCGCUCAACUACAUAAUUCCAAUAAUACCAAUUCCGGUAUAAAUGCAGCCGCGCAGCAAAAACUUACGAGCAUACUUUACAACCCUAGUUCCCUUAUACAAGUUAAUGAAAUUCGGAAGCAAAUGGUCGCCAUCGACAGCGAUCCAUUAUUAACUAAAGCUGAAAAGGCCCAACAGAAACAAAGUCUCUAUAUUGCAUACAAUUUGAAUGGGACAUUAGGCAGUCAUUCAUUAGCAACCACUGUUUCACCACUUUCAAAUUCGUUCUAUUCAAACGAUACUGUAGAAUCUGUAGUAGGAAAUGCGUUAGACGAGUUACAUUUAGACGAUCCGUUAAAUUUAGUCGACUCAAUUCAUAGGGAUACAAACUCACCGAUUGGCAAUUCAAUAUCGGCAGGCCUAGCUAGCUCCGGUCUACUCGGUAGCUCAGCCCCAGUCAAUAUACCGGGCAUGGCUGAACGUUCAGUUCUUACCAAUUUUUCGCCAUCGACAUCAAGCCCAUUACAACAAUUACAGACUAGUUUUCUCACUGGAUCGAGAUUUUCUCAUCAAGAUUCUAUGGAAUCCACAUUACCAUUUAUGAAUCAGAUAUCAGAUCCAUUUAGCAAUCACAUUUCGCAACUUAGCAGCUCGGCUUCUAAACUUAGUGGAUUCAAUAGUAGUUUAUUCGAUUUUGCGAGCCAAGGAAUGUCACCGUCGCGUACGCAACCCACUCUACCGGCAUCUCCAUUGGUCAAUGCAUUUUCCAUUAGUCCAAGUAACACAGGAUCGUUAUCCGAGGUACAAAGGCUUAGAGACGAACUGUCCUCGAGUCGUGCUCAAUUGGCAACAUGGGACGAGCGUAUUAAUCAAGCACGCGCGGCUUGCGCGGCAUGGCAAAUGGAAAGCGAGGACGCGAAGAGGAAGGCGACCAUCGCCGAACAACAAAGAGACGAGGCACUGAAAGCACUCAGAGUCGAGAACAAGGCAUCCAAUGGCGGCCCGUAUCUCCAUUCACUGAGGAAAAUAAGCGAACUCAGAUCACUAUCGAUAGCCACUUUGAAAUCAAUUCAAUCACAAUUGCGCUCAGAUCUCGAAGAGGUGGAAAAGGUACUGUACAGAGAAACGGCAACAAAGUGCAUGGUUUGCGAGGAACAAAAUCGUACAGUUACUUUAUCCUGCAAUCAUUAUGUGGUCUGCUCGACAUGCGCCCCAAAUCAGCGCGAAUGCCCGUACUGUCAAACUCCAGUUGUCUCGACAAGUUAAACCCAAACCUUUCCUUAGAAUCCUGUUGUUGUUACAAUUUCUGCUUCUCGUCCUUAAAAAAAAAAAACUGAGGCGAUAGCAGUCGCAGACUCUGAAAUAAUAUCAUGUGAGUAGUAUUACGAUUUUGCAAGGACUUAUGUAUUUUUACUCUGGUACAGUGACAAAACUAAAAACAAGUUUUUUAUCGCGGUAAGCAUGUACCCGCAAGAAUACG